UUUCGCUCCCCAGUACCGUCAAUUCGGAUCAGAUCGGCCUUCGCCUAGUACCAUGACUGGCCUUGGGACAGAGACAACAAAGACCGCCACCAGCUUCCCCGGAAUCCGCGCCUGCAUUUUCGACCUGGACGGGCUCCUCAUCAACUCCGAAGACAUGAUCACUCAGUCUACGAACCGACUUCUUGAAAAAUAUGGAAGACCCACCUUCAUUCCAUCAAUUCGCGCCCUGCUCAUGGGUGUUCCCGACUCGACAAACAGCGACCUGUUCCACAACUGGGCGAAGCUGCCUAUCUCCCGCGAGCAGUUCGCCCGUGAAUUGAGGGAAGAAGUGCACCGGCAGUUCCAGACUUGUACCCCGUUGCCUGGCGCAGAGAAGCUCCUCUCGAACCUCAGCCGUGCACGGAGUGCUUCUGCUGGUGAGCGGAUCGAGCUGGCGUUGGCAUCUAGCACCAAGAGCCAUACCUUCGAAUUGAAAGUUUCCAGACCGGAAACGAAGCAGCUUCUUAACCUUUUCCCGUCUGCGAGGCGGGUCCUGGGUGAUGACCCGCGGGUGCGCCAGGGUCGGGGGAAGCCUGCGCCGGAUAUAUAUCUGGUCGCGUUGCAGGCGUUGAACUCUGCGGCAGCCUCUGGCGAGAAACCCAUCUUGCCCAGCGAAUGCUUGGUCUUUGAAGAUAGUGUGGCCGGGGUAGAGGCUGGAAGACGGGCUGGGAUGAGGGUUGUUUGGGUACCGCAUCCGGAUCUGGCGGUCGAGUAUCAACCGAGGGAGAAGGAUGUGCUGGCUGGGAGGACGGGAAUGAGUGAAAUCGGAGACGAGUGGCAGCUAGGCGACAUUGAUGACGGCUGGGCUGAAAGCAUACCGAGUCUGGAUCACUUUGACUACGAGAAGUACGGCAUUGUCAUACAGUCAUAGUAAGUUAUUCCUAACCAGAGUGGCCCUCCUCACGGAAUGACAGGAAUCCGCUCCCACGCAGGAGGCGGAGAAUCUAUCUGUUGAUGCAAAUGAAGAUAGAUACAGACUAGAUGUACCUAUGUACGGCAAUUCUGAUGGUUCUGCUAUCUAUUUGACCCUACAGUGUUAAGAAAGUGUAAGUAUACACCAAAUAUAGGUACCCCUUCAUCCAAUGCCUCGUUUGCAAAGUUACCAUGACCCUCCUUAAAACGAUCCUUUCGUUCCUGCACUCUGCUGGCCCUUUCCGACUCUGAAUUGAGUCAGAACUGGUGGGAUAGAGUCGAUCUCUUUCGUGCUAAACCACUCCCACCUUGAUACUGAGUUUGCGCCCUGUGCCCGCCUCGGUGCUCCCAUCCACCAUGCUCAGCACCUAAUAUUCGGGAAUAACAUGGCACAAUGACCACCCACUCGCCUUAAGCACAUAUUUG